AUGAGUUCCUCGCCUGUUAAUGUAAAGAAGCUCAAGGUCUCGGAGCUGAAGGAGGAGCUCAAGAAGCGGCGCCUCUCCGACAAGGGCCUCAAGGCCGACCUCAUGGAGCGGCUCCAGGCCGCGCUGGACAGCGAGGAGGCCGGCGGCCGCCCCGCCAUGGAGCCCGGGAACGGCAGCCUCGACCUGGGCGGGGACUCGGCCGGGCGCUCGGGAGCAGGCCUCGAGCAGGAGGCCGCGGCCGGCGGCGACGAGGAGGAGGAGGAGGAGGAAGAGGAGGAGGGGAACCCCGCCCUGGAUGGCGACCAGAUGGAGAUCGGCGGGGAGGAGAACGGCGCCGCGGGGGCGGCCGACGCGGGCCCCAUGGAGGAGGAGGAGGCCGCCUCGGAGGACGAGAACGGCGACGACCAGGGCUUCCAGGAGGGCGAGGACGAGCUGGGCGACGAGGAGGAAGGCGCGGGCGACGAGAACGGCCACGGGGAGCAGCAGGCUCAACCGCCGGCGACGUCGCAGCAACAGCCCCAGCAGCAGCAGCAGCAGCGCGGGGCCGCCGCCAAGGAGGCCGCCGCGGGCAAGAGCAGCGGCCCCACCUCGCUGUUCGCGGUCACGGUGGCGCCGCCCGGGGCCAGCCAGGGCCCGCAGCAGUCCGGAGGAGACGGCAAAACAGAGCAGAAAGGCGGAGAUAAAAAGAGAGGCGUUAAGCGCCCUCGGGAAGAUCAUGGCCGCGGAUAUUUUGAGUACAUUGAAGAGAACAAGUAUAGCAGAGCCAAGUCUCCUCAGCCACCUGUGGAGGAAGAAGAUGAGCACUUCGAUGACACGGUGGUUUGUCUUGACACUUAUAAUUGUGAUCUGCAUUUUAAAAUAUCGAGAGAUCGCCUCAGUGCUUCUUCCCUCACUAUGGAGAGCUUUGCUUUUCUCUGGGCUGGAGGAAGGGCUUCUUACGGUGUGUCAAAAGGCAAAGUCUGCUUUGAAAUGAAGGUUACAGAGAAGAUCCCAGUAAGGCAUUUAUAUACAAAAGACAUUGACAUCCAUGAAGUUCGGAUUGGCUGGUCUCUAACCACCAGUGGAAUGCUACUUGGAGAAGAAGAAUUUUCUUAUGGGUAUUCUCUAAAAGGAAUAAAAACAUGCAACUGUGAGACUGAAGAUUAUGGAGAGAAGUUUGAUGAAAAUGAUGUGAUUACAUGUUUUGCUAACUUUGAAAGCGAUGAAGUAGAACUCUCCUAUGCAAAGAAUGGACAGGACCUUGGUGUUGCCUUCAAAAUCAGCAAGGAAGUUCUUGCUGAUCGGCCACUCUUCCCACAUGUUCUCUGCCACAACUGUGCUGUUGAGUUCAAUUUUGGUCAGAAGGAAAAGCCAUAUUUUCCAAUACCUGAAGACUAUACUUUGAUCCAGAACGUUCCCUUGGAGGACCGAGUUAGAGGUCCAAAGGGGCCUGAAGAGAAGAAAGAUUGUGAAGUGGUUAUGAUGAUCGGCUUGCCAGGAGCUGGGAAAACUACUUGGGUUACUAAACAUGCAGCAGAAAAUCCUGGUAAAUACAACAUUCUUGGAACAAAUACCAUAAUGGAUAAAAUGAUGGUAGCAGGCUUUAAGAAGCAAAUGGCAGAUACAGGCAAACUGAACACCCUGCUGCAGAGAGCGCCACAAUGUCUUGGGAAAUUUAUUGAGAUUGCUGCUCGCAAGAAGCGGAAUUUUAUUCUGGAUCAGACAAAUGUGUCUGCUGCUGCCCAGAGGAGAAAAAUGUGCCUGUUCGCGGGCUUCCAGCGGAAAGCUGUGGUCGUCUGCCCGAAGGAUGAAGACUACAAGCAGAGGACACAGAAGAAAGCAGAAGUGGAGGGCAAGGACCUCCCAGAACAUGCCGUCCUCAAAAUGAAAGGAAACUUUACACUGCCAGAGGUAGCCGAGUGCUUUGAUGAGAUAACCUAUGUGGAACUUCAGAAGGAGGAGGCCCAAAAACUUUUGAAGCAAUAUAAGGAAGAGAGCAAAAAGGCUCUUCACCCCGAAAAGAAGCAGAAGAGCAAUAAAAAUAAGAGUGGCAAGAACCAGUUUAACAGAGGAGGUGGCCACAGAGGACGUGGUGGAUUCAAUAUGCGUGGUGGGAAUUUCAGAGGAGGAGCUCCUGGGAAUCGUGGUGGCUAUAACAGGAGAGGCAACAUGCCGCAGAGAGGUGGUGGCGGAGGCGGAAGUGGUGGAAUUGGCUAUCCAUACCCACGUGGCCCUGUGUUUAGCAGCCGAGGUGGCUAUUCAAACAGAGGAGGGAACUACAACAGAGGUGGAAUGCCCAACAGAGGGAACUACAACCAGAACUUCAGAGGACGAGGAAACAAUCGUGGCUAUAAAAAUCAGUCUCAGGGCUACAACCAGUGGCAGCAGGGUUCUGUCCAUGUGAAUGUGCUGUGUGGAAGAGUAAAAGGGCCCAACUAA